AUAUUGAAUUUUUCUGGUGUAUCUCUCUAAUCACUUUUUUUCAGAUCUGGACAACAUAGAUGAAAACAACGAUCCCAAUAAUGAGCCUCAACCAGGCAGGGAAGAACGCGAACCUCAAAAUGAAAAUUGUGAACACUCUUCGCCUCGGAGAUCUAUGCAACCCCCACCUGCGAAUUCGACGCGUCAAAGACAGAGAGGCGGGGGAUCUUCUCACGUUGUCCGGCGGUCCAGGAGACUGCGUCCGGUUCCGAUCGGCCCGGAAAGGGUCCACGAGCCUGUGGCCCCUAGGGAAGAACGGGAGAGGACUCCCGGAACUUCUAUGAUGAACCGACCCCAUGUGAUGCGAACGGAACCACCCGAGCAGGCCCGCGGAGGACUUUACUCGGAACAACAACGAUGGAACAGAAGAGAACAGUCCUUCAGAAAUGCUCAGGCGCGGGUGGUAGAUCUUCUUUUCAACAUCUCGAACCCCUAUCGCGGGAGAAGAUUACAGAGAGGCCGCGGGCAAAACUUACAAUAG